UAAUGUACACAGAUAUUGUGUUUAAGACAUGACCUACAUUUAACAUGUUUAAACGGCCAUACGUAUUUUUAUAUUUUCUUAAUUACAGAUCAUGGCAAAAGAAAUAAGGGAUUAAGUUUCAUAAGUUGUAAUUUAAGAAUUUUGAUAAAUGGCUCGACCAAAACUAGGUGCCUUCAUCCGGAACAUCAACUAUCUGUCGGCAAAAGACGGAAAUGAUUAUGAAGAUAGCAAUGAAAACCCUAGCAACCAGUUGAUUGACUAUGAGCGUCUGUGUAACUAUGAUAAAAACUUUAGUCUAGAGGAAUUUACGGAUGGUUAUGGUGCCUUUCGGGAAAAAGUAUGUGUAUCAGAAUUUCCUGGGAGACAUUCACCGCCUUAUUGGGUGGCUUAUUCUACUGUAUGUGUCCUUGACCGGUUAAAAAGAAACUUCACCGAUGAGGUAGAGAAUCAUGCUCAGAUAGGACAGGAAAUUGUGUACACGUGGUUAGCAUUGCUCACUGCCAAACCGAGUUCUGGUCAUCUAGACCUUAUGUCCAAAUUUUCUGGAGAUAUGUUUGAACAAUAUGUCAAGGCUUGCAAAUGUGAUGAACUUGUCAAGAUACUGUCUAGAAUGAAAAUCGAGUUUUCGUAUGACGCAGAACACGAAACAGAUGAAGAACAAACCUACGGCAGUCUCCUUGACAGUAAUACAGUAGCUAUAUUUCGCUACAUAACGGAAGAACAAUGGACUGAAGACUCGGUGUUGGCAGCGUUGCUAGAUCUACGAAUGUUCUUUCAACAACAGAUUGGCAAGUUGUCACCAAGUCUAGGCCGAUAUGUGGGAUAUUUAGUUCGAGAUAUGACAUCUAAAUAUACGACAAAUAUUUGUGAACCUUACAAGAAGUUCACUGACAUAAAAGCAAUAACUUCACACCUGUCAAUUAUUGAAGAGUCUGUAUGUACAUUCGACGGAGAUUUGAAGGAUCUUCGUGAUGAAGAUACGCUGGAAGAGAUAGUAAAAGCAGCGAGGGUGACGUUGAUAGUAAAAGAACUGUUUCCUGCGUUCAUGAAGUUGAUAACUAAUUAUUCAAAGAGGAAAUCACCCCUGCAGAAUGGCGGGAGAUUAUUUGAUGUGUACAGACUGCAUUUGUUUCGUGAUAUGGAGAAACAUCUGGAGCCUGACAGUGGAAUGUUUGAUGCUUGUUGUACCAUGAUAGUGGACAUUCUAACAAACCCCGGUAAACUUGACAAUGCUGUACAGGAGAUGAUCUCUGAAGCUAUAUCCCAUUGUUUGUUAAAAGUUAAACCAAUGACGCAUGCGCAGUCGAAAACCUUACUUAACGUACUGCUGACAAUGCUGAAAUCUGGCAGAAUUAAACUGACCAGUGAAGUUAACAGAACACUUCUGGAAAAGGAAUUUACAAAAUCUAUUGAAUGGAAGAAUGUAGUAUCAGAGGCUAAACAAUUCUUAAAUGUUGUUAGAACAUUGAGGGGCGACCAAUUAGAACAUAAAGAUGGUGGAGACUACUACAAAAUUGUACGAGAACUGGAAAAAUGUGUCGAAAUUCUCCUCCAAUUAUAUAAAAAAGGGAAGAUCCUUAAAGAUGUUCUGAAUGAACAUGUGGCAUUGAUCAUUGACCUCAUUACAUUUACUGAACCAAAUAAAGCUGAGAUAGCAGACGCCGCAUCAGAAUCAAAGUACCUUGUUGUUUCAUUGAAAGAUAAAGAAAUACAAGACCAGAUUUUAGACAAAGUUGAUUCACUGUUGAAGCAACCGGACAAAGAGUGGGAUAUCUAUCAAUCAAGGGCAACAGAAUAUUUACUAGAGGCUGUCAUUUUAUCUUAUAAGGGAAAUGGAAAGAAUGUGACAGAUCAGCAAAACGAAAAGUUCAUGUCAAUAUUUGACACUUGUUGUGAAGGAGAUAGCUUGGAGGACAAACUUAUUCAUCCUGAUGAAGACCAUGGUACAACGGUGUUCUAUCAAAUAUAUACAACUUCCGGUUUGAAAUAUAUAUCUCUGCAUAAUGAAUCUAAAACAUUAUCAAGAUGCACUCCGCUAAUCAAGAACAUUUUAAAAUGGGCAAGGAUAUCUGUAGAAGAACAGCACACCGGUCCGAUGGAAGCAAGUUUACAUGCCCUCCAUCUUGUGGCGAACGCUUUGUCACCGGAACUUGCAGAUAUCACACCUGAAGUUGUUGAUUUGUUUUUAUCAAUUGAUAAAGUUUCAAAUUUGACGCAUAUAUUGCGUGGACUUUAUUCACUUAACCCAGAACCAGUGCACGUAAAGCUUCAAUUAUUUAUAGACAAGAUGGACGAAAUGAUUUAUACGGAACGAGUGUGCAUAGCUUCUUUAUUGGUCGAAGUCUCAGGCAAAUGUCCACAGAUUUUCACUGGGGAUCAAGUGGACAAGUUAUUUGAAUUAGCCUUUGAAGAUGACCAGUCACAACAACUGUAUUUUCAUAUAUUGAAUCAGAUAGCUGCACAGUGCCCUGCGACCGUUUACAAACUUUUCUCCAAGAUUCAGAACGAAACUCGUUUCAACAGCUCUUCAACGAUCUUCAGAGCUAUGAUUGUUGUCCGCAUAGCUUGCCAUGACAAGAAACUCACAAAUGAAGCAGCGGACUUUGCAUUGAAGCAGCUUGCAGUGUCUGAUCACACUAAUACAAUACAGAUAUUACACCAACUUUUGUUACUGGCUCGUGCCAAUCGUGAAGAUAUGUUACAAUAUAAAGAAUAUCUUGAGAAGAUGGAAGAGUCGUCAAACGCACCAGAUGUGAAAGAAUCUUGUAGAAACAUCAUAAAUGUUAUAGAAGGAAAAAGUAUUGAAGGUGUAAUUGAAGACAUCCAACAAGCACAAGAAGAUAUAGAUGAUCUUGAUAAGAAAGUUGGAGCCACUAUGAACACGGUUGUUUCUCUUGGAGAUCACGUGAUAGAACAGGGUAAAGAUAUAUCAAAAGUUCGGGAUGAUGUGGGUAACCUAGGUGAACGAGUUGAUAAUGUUGAAGAAGGUCUUACAGAUACAAAAGUUAAAGUUGAAGAAAUUGAUAAUAAGACUAUGACAAAUGCUCCAAAAUGGUCUAGGGAUCUUACCAAAUUGCUGAAUCCAAAAGCGGAAAACGACUGGCGACUUUUAGCUAAACGUCUUCAAUACAGUAAUGAUGAUAUUCGAGCAUGGGCUCAACAACACGAUCCUUGUAUGGCAUUGCUGAGUGAGUGGUAUGCCACACACAAAACAAGUGAAGCAAACUUUGCAAUAUUGAACAAUCUCCAAGAAAUGAACAGACUUGAUGGAGCAAUUAUUGUUGAAAAUGCAAUGAAAGCAACUGAGGACGUUGUUGAAGAUGACGAAUUUGAGUACCCUUCACCUCCCCCAAUCUUCCUUAGCUAUCAGUGGGGUGUUCAGAAUGAGGUGAAACUAUUGAAGCAACAUUUAAACAUGGCAGGAUAUGAAUGUUGGAUGGACAUUGGUCAGAUGGGUGGUGGAGACAAAUUGUUCAACAAAAUUGAUAAUGGAAUUAGAGGCGCCAAAGUAAUUAUUUGUUGUACGACGGAGAAGUAUGCACAAUCACCGAACUGCAACCGAGAGGUAAAUUUGUCAGUGAAUUUAGGAAAGCCUAUUAUACCAUUGCUGAUGGAAAAGAUGUCAUGGCCACCAAAAGGAUCAAUGGGGCCAAUCUUCAGUGAAUAUUUAUUUAUAAGAUUCUUUCAAAGGAAUGGUGAAGAGACGAAAGAUCAGCGAUAUUGGCCAGUUGCCAAAUUUCAAGAACUAUUGAUGCAGUUAAAUUUCUAUACAGUUCCUGACCCGUCACUUAUUAAACAGGAAUAUUCCAAUUGGUGGAAUCCGAUAGUGGAGGAGAUUAAAAUUGAUAAAAACAAAAACGCAAAAGGCACAGAAGUUAGCAAGACAAACACGAAUGGUCAAGAUGUGGAUGAAUCACCGUUGGUAUUUUUGUCCUAUCAAUGGGGAAGACAACCUCAGGUUAAAUUACUAUAUGAGCGUCUGGUAUCCAGGGGUUACACUGUCUGGAUGGACAUAUUUCAGAUGGGUGGUGGUGAUUCACUAUAUGAUAAAAUAGAUCGUGGAAUGAGAGGAUGUAAAGUCGUCGUGUCCUGUGUUACACCCAAGUACGCAUUAUCAGCAAAUUGUCGACGUGAAAUAAGCCUUGCUGAUGCCUUAAAGAAACCAAUUAUACCAUUGGUACUGGAAGCAAUGACAUGGCCGCCAGAUGGCCCAAUGAGUAUGGUGUUCACAGAACUCCUCUUUAUCAAUGUUCACCGUGACCAACAAAUUCAAGAAAAAUGGACAGGACCAAAGGUAGAUGAAUUGAUGGGAAAGCUUAAGAUCUACAUACCAGAUAACGAGCAAAUCCAUUCAGGGGGGAAUGACAAAAAUGACAGCAAUACGCCUACUAAAUCAGAGCCUGAAAAAUCCAAAACAGAACACACACCAUCAAGUUUAUUAGAAUAUCAAACAAAAACGACUUCGUGUCACGAUAGGAAUUCACGAACAAUUUUAGAAGCAUGUGACGUUCAGAAACAAGAAAAAGUAGAUGCUGAAUCUGAUAAAAACCAGGGACACCAUCCAAAGAAAAGUGAAUCACAGACAUCGAAAUCUUGUAUUCUAUUAUAGAAAUGCAUGCAAAACAAUGUGUUCUCACAGUAUUUAAAUGCAUUUUUUGACUAAUGUAUGAAUUAUGAAUUUGUAGUUGACGUAGUGCUUUUUCUAUGAUUUCAGUAACUAACGGCAAUUAAUACAUCGUAAUCUUGAUUAAACUCUAGCUAUAGGUAAGCAUAAAGAAAUAAAAUACAUUAAUUAAUGUCAUUAUCAUGUGUACAAUUUAAUAUUUCCUAAUUUCCAACUUAUUUUCAAAUAACAUUUAUAACUUUAUUUUUUUGUAGACCAUGUGCUUUUCUUUAUACCGUUCAUACAGGUAUGUUUUCCGUAACUGUUUUGGAAUUCUGAAUUCAGAAGCAAAGAGAGCAACCAACUAGUCAUGCAAAAAGUAAUAGUUAUGUGUAAAUCAAAUAAAUCAAUACCAUCGGGCCUGGUAAUAAUGUCCACUUUUACGUAGAAUUAACUUUGUUUGAUCUCAACAGAAUAAAAUACAGCUUACUGUAUACAUCCAAUAACUUAUUAAAUUUAUGAUAGAAAAUACAUAUGUAACGGGUGUCACCUUUACUUUUCUUGGUAUACAGUAUUUAUUAAAUACAUGUACUUGUAAAUGAAAUAUUGAGAGAUACUGAUCAAAUAAAAUGCGUUUUUUCGCUUUCCGUAUUUUCACUUUAGAAGUUUAUUUUUCACUGCAGUGAAACAAAUUUCCGUAUUUUCACUGUUGUCCUGGCGGACCACUUCCUUCUUAAAUCAGCCAAUACACAACAAUAAAGGACAAAGGGAACAUUUUUGGAUUCGCAAGGUCUAAAAUAUAUAUGAUAAACAGAUUUUUUCUAUAGAUACGGGAUUUAUUUUCACCAGUUGGUAUGAAAAUCAUCAUAUUUCACUAUGACUAUCCUUUAUUUAUCACUAGCUUUGUAAAAUACUUACUGCCAACAAGAGCUACGCUCCAUUUUUCUCAGUACUGGUAUGCCAUUAACGUUUCAUUCUGCAAAAGUUGAUGAUGAUGAAAUAUUUUAUGUUUGAAGUGAAUUAAUUUCGUUGACGGUUUUCAGGGUAAACAAUUUAUUCUCAGUCAAAACAAAAUACUUUAUUAAGCAAAAUGACUUUUAUGAUUAUCUGCCCUUAAAGUUUUGUAAGUGAACAUGUAUUUCAAGCUUUAGAAGAAUAUUAUUGACAGUUUUUUAGAAAGAAGAUGUGAAUAUGUUAAGAUUAUUUGACUCAACGUUUUUUUCUAAAAUGUAUAAUAAUUUGUAAAAUAUGUCAUUAUUAAAAUAUGUCAUUAUUAAAAUAUGUUCA